AUGUCAUGCUUGGGGCAGCCGUGCCUUCUCUCUUGGCCACUCCGGGCCUCCCCCGUCCGUCCGCCCCCUCCCAGGAGCUUCGAGGAGCUGCGGGAAGGCCAGCUUCUGGAUGGCAAGGUGGCCGUGUUUGGGGAGACGGGCGUGCUGCUUGACAUUGGUUUCGACGUGCUUGCCAGACUGCAGUGCUCGUACGAGCAGCGGAAGAGGAUCUGGCGCACCGAUGUCCUGAGGGGCCUCAGGGUGGAGCUGGUGGAGUGGGAGAGUCGGCGGGUACAUGUCUCUUUCGAUGGCCUGCUCGAUCUGGUUGAGGGUCGACUCGUCAUCGAGCAGCUGAGGAGGGGGCAGAUCUUGAGCGGCACAGUGGUCUCCACUGCACUCGUGGACGUGAACGCCGAGCGCAAGGCCCUCAUCCUCGGGCCGAGGGACCAGGUGUUCAAGCUCCGGCGCAACGAGAUCCUGGAGGGCCUCAGGGUCGCGAGGGUCCGCAAGGGGAAGCUCGACGUGCGGCUCCCGGGCCUCGAGGAGCGGGUCGCCGGCAGGGGGCUGCUGGUGAAGGACCCCAGUGGCUAA